CCCCUGCAGCGGACGAUGCCGCCGAAGAGGCGGUGGCGGCGGAGGCGCGCUCUGGCGCUGUGAAGCGGCGGCUGGCUGCCACGGGCUGGCGGCGCGAUGACCUGGGCGGCCGCCCCCGGCUCGGGGCUGUGAGGGGCUCGGGGCCGGGGGUGGGCGGCGGCGCGGCGGGCAGCAGACGCUCCUCCUCGGCGGCGGCGGCGGCGGCGGCGGCGGCCAUGCGCGGCGCGGCGCGGCUGGGGCGGCCGGGCCGGGGCCGCCUCCCCGGGGCCCGCGGCCUGAGGGCUCCGCCGCCGCCGCUGCUGCUUCUGCUGGCGCUGCUGCCGCUGCUGCCCACGCCUGGCGCUGCCGCCGCCCCGGCCCCGCGGCCCGCAGAGCUGCCGCCUGCGGCCGCGGGGCCCAGCGUGAGCCUCUACCUGAGCGAGGACGAGGUGCGCCGGCUGAUCGGUCUUGAUGCAGAACUUUAUUAUGUGAGAAACGACCUUAUUAGUCACUAUGCUCUAUCUUUUAACCUGUUAGUACCCAGUGAGACAAAUUUCCUGCACUUCACUUGGCAUGCAAAGUCCAAGGUUGAAUAUAAGUUAGGAUUCCAAGUAGACAAUUUUGUGGCUAUGGACAUGCCCCAGGUCAACAUUUCUGUUCAGGGGGAAGUUCCACGCACUUUAUCAGUGUUUCGGGUCGAGCUUUCCUGUACUGGCAAAGUAGAUUCUGAAGUUAUGAUACUUAUGCAGCUCAAUUUGACAGUAAAUUCUUCAAAAAAUUUUACAGUCUUAAAUUUUAAACGAAGGAAAAUGUGCUACAAAAAACUUGAAGAAGUAAAAACUUCAGCUUUGGACAAAAACACUAGCAGAACUAUUUAUGAUCCUGUACAUGCAGCUCCAACCACUUCUACGCGUGUGUUUUAUAUCAGUGUAGGGGUUUGUUGUGCGGUUAUAUUUCUUGUAGCAAUAAUAUUAGCUGUUUUGCACCUUCAUAGUAUGAAAAGGAUUGAACUGGAUGACAGCAUCAGUGCCAGCAGUAGUUCACAAGGGCUGUCUCAGCCAUCCACCCAGACAACUCAGUAUCUGAGAGCUGACACACCCAACAAUGCAACUCCUAUCACCAGUUAUCCUACCUUGCGGAUAGAGAAGAACGACCUGAGAAGUGUCACUCUUUUGGAGGCCAAAGCCAAGGUGAAGGAUAUAGCAAUAUCCAGGGAGAGGAUAACUCUAAAAGAUGUACUCCAAGAAGGUACUUUUGGGCGUAUUUUCCAUGGAGUUUUAGUAGAUGAAAAAGAUCCAAAUAAGGAAAAGCAAGCAUUUGUAAAAACAGUUAAAGAUCAAGCUUCUGAAAUUCAGGUGACGAUGAUGCUCACUGAAAGCUGUAAGCUGCGAGGUCUUCAUCACAGAAAUCUUCUUCCUAUUACUCACGUGUGUAUAGAAGAAGGAGAAAAGCCCAUGGUGAUAUUGCCUUACAUGAACUGGGGGAAUCUUAAAUUGUUUUUACGGCAGUGCAAAUUAGUAGAGGCCAAUAAUCCACAGGCAAUUUCUCAGCAAGACCUGGUACACAUGGCUAUUCAGAUUGCCUGUGGAGUGAGCUACUUGGCCAGAAGGGAAGUCAUCCACAAAGACCUGGCUGCUAGGAACUGUGUCAUUGAUGACACACUUCAAGUUAAGAUCACAGAUAAUGCUCUCUCCAGAGACUUAUUCCCCAUGGACUAUCACUGUUUGGGGGAUAAUGAAAACAGGCCAGUUCGGUGGAUGGCUCUUGAAAGUCUGGUUAAUAAUGAGUUCUCUAGCGCUAGUGAUGUGUGGGCCUUUGGAGUGACGCUGUGGGAGCUUAUGACUCUGGGCCAGACACCCUAUGUGGACAUCGACCCCUUUGAAAUGGCCGCAUACUUGAAAGAUGGUUACCGAAUAGCCCAGCCGAUCAACUGUCCUGAUGAACUAUUUGCUGUGAUGGCCUGUUGCUGGGCCUUAGAUCCAGAGGAGAGGCCCAAAUUUCAGCAGUUGGUACAGUGUCUUACAGAGUUCCAUGCAGCCCUGGGAGCCUAUGUCUGACUCUUCUCUCAAAAUCCCAUAGCAUCAAGAGGAAGGUGCCUGGCGGGGCUCACCUGGAGCCUGUCAUGGACACUUCAUAUAUGUCACAAUGCCAGCAGAAGCACAUUUGUCUUCCAGAACACCGUGCCUUAGGAAUGCUUUAGAAUCUGAACUUUUAAAGACAGACUUAAUAAUGUGGAAUAUUUUCUAGAUAUCACUUUUAUUAGGUUGAACUGAAAGGGUUUUUGUAAAUUUUUUGGCCAAAAUUAUUUUAAAACAUAGUUACUUUGGACUAGGGGUGCAUUCUUACAAAAUAAAUAAACAGUUUUUUUUUAAUUGUUUAGACACAGAUAUUUGGAAUAGCUAUCUUAGUGCCAACUGCUUUUUAUUUUUUUACUUCAAGGUAAUGUAGGUGACUCACCUUUAAAGUUUUUUUAAUAUUAUUUUUAUCACUACUCUUGGAAAUGGUUUGUCUUCAAGAUACAAUACUUUUCUUAAGAAAGGAAAACAUAGUAAAAAGGCGUCUGGUUUGCCUUGUACAAGAAAAGGUAAGAAGAAAACUUGAAAGCUAGAGGAAAAAAUUGAAAGAAUUUUUUUUAAUACUUAUUGGAAACAGACUGCUCUUGCAUGGAAAAUUGUUUACUUUUUUAGGAAAAGUAAACUUUCCUAUUUAAAUAAGAAAGUAAGCUUUCUUAUUUUUGGGAGAAAUAAGAGCUGAGUUCAUUACAUCUUAAAUUUGGCAGAAAUUAGCCUUUCUGUGAGCCAGAAGGGGAUUGGGGAAGACCAUAGUAAGCAAUGGUGAUUUUAUUUAUUUUUACUCUCUGGAAAAGGAGAUAACACAAUUCCAGAAAGUGAAAUCAUGUUUCUAAGGUUAAGAUUCCCUUUUAUUGCACCUAGAAUAGUGCUAUGCACAGAGUGGGUGCUUGUAUUAUUGUGGUUUAAAAAAAAAUGUAAGCUGAUAAAUUUUGUGCUUAUCUUCAAGGCUGGCUUAAGUAUAAAAUUGUUUUUUAAAACACUUGAAAAAUUAAAGGAUUUGUUUUAUAUUAUGACAGGAGUGAAAAUAUUGCUCAUAAUGAACAGUUCUUGCAUAUAUUAAGUCUUUGGACAUGCAACAGCUAGAUAUUCAUGUUUUAUUUCAUGAGUGUCUCACUCAGGCUCCAAAGUCCUAACACAUUACAGCUGACUCAGCCUCCAGGUUCUAAUAAAAAGUUGGAAUUAUUAUUGUUACAGGAACUAUUAUGAUACUGAAGCAUUUCUCCAGAGCCAAUAAAAUUAGGGGUUUGUGUGUA